AUGGCGAGGGAUCACAUCGAGGGUACCGUCCUUAUGGACAAAUGGGCCGUUUCUCGCAAGCUCAGUUCUGGUGGGUAUGGCGUAGUUUAUAAAGCUUAUGAUCUCUACGACGAAAGACACAAGGUUGCUGUCAAAACAGAGCCUGUUAAUACACGCAACUCCUCUUUGCCAAAUGAAUACCAGUUUUACAAGGCCCUUGGCAAUGCUCCAGGAUUUCCAACUAUGUACGAUUACGGGAGAACAAGUGAUGGUUCUUAUCGGGCCCUUGUCAUAUCUUUACUUGGAAAGUCACUGCACGAUCUGGUACACCAAGAGAACGGGACAUUCUCACUUAAGACUGUCCUUUGCGUUGGCGUUCAAGGCAUAGACCUCCUUAGAACAAUCCAUAGUUUAGGAUACGUUCAUCGUGACAUCAAACCUGACAACAUGAUGAUUGGGAGACGGUACCCAAGUGAGAUUCAACUAGUCGAUUUUGGCCUGGUGGCUAAGUAUAGAUCUGGUCGACACCACAUAGCUGACGAGGGCGAAGGUCAUGGAUUGCGAGGCACCAUUACGUACGCAUCCAUUCGCAGUCACAAAGGAAGGAGAUUAACAAGAAGGGAUGAUCUCGAGUCUUUUGCAUAUACGCUCCUCACUCUCGCAAAGGGAUAUCUGCCCUGGUCUGAUAUCGAGUCUGAAGGUGACGUGCUUCGCAGUAAGAAGAGUUAUUCGACCGCAGAACUAUGUGAAGAUCUGCCCAGCUGCUUUCUAACCUUGUUGAGAGACAGUCGAAACCUGCGGUUUGAUGAGAAGCCAGAUUAUUCUGGGAUUCAAAGGAGUUUCGUCCGUUCUCUUCACAAGAGAGGAUGGAAGGUGAAAUCCAGGCUUGAUUGGAUGAACUAA